AUGGAUAUAUCAAGCAGUUCCAAACUACAACUAUCAGAUCCGGCCACGCCACUGGAUAAGCGCAGAGAUGAUGGGGAGUACGAGAGCUCCCGCUUUUCCAAAGAUGUGCUAGAGAAUUCGAUUAUCGAUCCGGUUCUGUCGAGAAAAAUGGAGCUGGUGAAUGCUGCAAUUGAUAAGAUUGGAAUGACACCUUUCCAAUGGAGGCUUUUCGCCUUGAAUGGAUUUGGCUACGCAGUCGAUUCAGUGAGUCAGAUUCUGCCAUCUGUGUUUCAAUUUGAGCAAGACUUACUUUACCAGCUUUUAGUAAGCCUUCAAUCAAUCGCUCAAUCCGCAGUCGUGGCAGAGUAUGGAAGUCCAAAUGCGCAGCUUGCAAGCAUUCCUCUCGCCUCUCAAAUUGGGCUUCUGGUUGGGGCAGCCUUUUGGGGGCUGUCGGCGGACAUCAUUGGAAGACGGUUUGCCUUCAACGCUUCGUUAUUCCUGGCCGCUUUCUUUGUGAUCAUUGCUGGAGCAAUGCCGGGAUACAUUCCUUUCGCGACACUGGUUGCGCUAUACUCGAGCGCUGUUGGGGGCAACUAUAUUCUGGAUGCUACAAACCUUCUGGAAUUUGUCCCGAAUGGAUAUUCCUGGCUGGUCACUCUACUGUCCAUUUGGUGGGCUGUAGGAUACACUGUUGCGGGUCUGCUUGCCUGGGCCUUUAUGAGUAACUUCAGCUGCCCGGUGGAUAGCACAGCAUCUCCCUGUCUUCGCUCUGAAAAUAUGGGCUGGCGAUAUCUCCAUUUCACCGGCGGUGGCCUGGUGCUGUUGUUAAGCAUCCUACGACUUCUUGCUGUGCGCAUGGUUCAGACACCCAAAUGGUUGAUUUCCCAGAAUCGAGACGAGGAGGCGAUUAAGUUUCUCAAUUCUCUCUCCACAAAAUAUGAUCGGCCAUUCGACCUCACUCUUGAGGAUCUCCGCCAGGAAGGUGAUGUUCGUGAUACAGAAAUGUCGGUUUGGUCAUAUCCACGCCUGAAAGAGCAUUUCUCGGGAUUAAUUCAAACUCGCAAGCUGGCUUGGUCAUAUACUGUCAUCCUCCUCAAUUGGCUGGUGAUUGGCACAGUCAGCCCACUCUACUACGUUUUCCUGCCUUACUACCUGGCGUACCGAGGCCAGGACGGAGGCCCCAGUUCGAACUACAUUACUUGGCGGAACUAUGCAAUCAACCAAGUAUCUGGCUUGCUAGGGCCCAUCCUGGCUGCAAUAUUGGUGGAAAGCAGAUUUUUCGGGCGGAGAGGUACUUUGGCUCUCGGGGCAUUUCUCACAAUGGUAUUGCAGUUUGGCUACACUCAGAUUCAAACUCCUGCGCAAAACUUGGGUGUCUCGGCUGCCAUCUCCGCGGCCUCCAACUUGUACUAUGGCACGAUCUACGCCUAUACACCGGAGAUUCUUCCUUCGGCCCAUCGGGCCACAGGCUAUGCUCUCUGUGUGGUCCUCAACCGAAUUGGUGGCAUCAUCGGUGUACUGGUCGGAAGUUAUACGAACGUCGAGACUACGGCCCCGCUCUUCGUGUGCGCUGCGCUGUUUGCACUUCUGAUUUUCUUAGCUCUCCUGCUUCCAUUUGAAACCCGCGGGAAAAGAACCCAGUGA